CCUCUACGGAUUCCCUACCCUUGUCUCUCUAUAUUCUUGAUCCGAUAAAUAGUGCGUAAUAUCGUACUCGUGCUGAUCGCGUGAUGGAUCUGUCCAAUCUCAAGGAGCAAGUCAGCAACCUGACCUUGUAUGACCUCAAGGCGGGAGUCCGCAAGGUCCAGAAUGCCGUCAUGAAUUAUACUGAGAUGGAGGCCAAGGUCCGAGAAGCUACAAACAAUGAGCCUUGGGGUGCCUCAACCACAUUGAUGCAAGAAAUUGCCAACGGAACUCACAGCUACCAACUACUGAAUGAAAUCAUGCCGAUGAUUUACAGACGCUUUACCGACAAGACUGCAGAGGAGUGGCGACAGAUCUAUAAGGGGCUUCAACUUUUGGAAUUCCUAGUUAAAAACGGAUCGGAACGAGUUGUUGAUGAUGCGCGGUCUCACAUGUCCCUUCUCCGAAUGCUCCGCCAGUUCCACUACAUCGAUCAGAACGGGAAGGAUCAAGGUAUCAACGUGCGCAACCGAUCAUCGGAGUUGGUGAAGCUUCUCGGUGAUGUGGAUCAGAUUCGUGCGGAAAGAAAGAAGGCCAAAACUAAUCGCAAUAAGUUCGGUGGCUUUGAGGGUGGAUCGCAUAUUGGAGGAGGGAUGUCAAACUCCAGGUACGGGGGCUUUGGGAGUGACAGCAUGUCGUUUGGCGGAUACAGCGGGGGUGUCUACGGUGAUGGAGGUGGGUUCGGCGGCAACACAAGCGACUUCCAGGACACCGGGCGACGAGGCAACCGAUUUGAAGAAUACGAUGAGUAUGAUGAAGCAGAUGCCAGUCCGCCGGUACGACGUGCAGCAAGCCCGCCUCGUGCUCGAUCGACAAAGCAGCCGGAACCGCCAAAACCCAAAGCACCUGAGCCGGACCUUUUUGACUUUGGAGAGGAGGAGGUAGUCACAACGACCUCUACCAGUGCCGGCAAGCAGCCUGCAGGCAGUAACGGCUUGGACGUGCUCGAUUCCAAACCCAUCGAUGACGAUGACUUCGAUGAUUUCCAAUCUGCCACUCCCGCACCUGCACCAGCAGCAUCGAACCAAUUCUCUAUUCCUCCACCAGCGAACACUGUGAGCACCACCUCAAGCACUCAGUUUGCUGCGCCGAAGCCGGUUUCCGCUACGCAAGGAACCAAUUUGAACGGUCUGGUUGGGUUUACUUCGAUGACUCCGACUCCUACUUCAAGUACAAUGGCAUCCCCAACACUGUCGCAGAGCUCUAUGGUGCAGCCACAGCAACAGAAGCCGGCGCAACCGAAGCCAACAGGAUUCCAGGCCGCAACACCGAAUUACUUCACCUCUGUUUCCGUCAUGCAGCCUCAGGCGGGCGUGUCUAACCACCGACCAGGCAUGGCGUCCACCUCAUCUCUUACGUCUGCCACAUCGAGCUCGGCUGCAGCACCUAAACCGGCCACAUCGAAGUCCUCGAACGGCGACGUCUUCGGAUCUCUGUGGUCGAGUGCCAGUGCCAGUGCAGGGCUGCAGAAGUCGAAUGCAAAUGCAAGCAAAGGGCCUAACCUGGCAAGCAUGGCCAAGGAAAAGGCGAGUGCGGGCAUCUGGGGGGCACCCGCAACGCCCAGCCUUGCAUCCCCGUCUCCUUCUCAACCCUCCCAGCAAGGGACCAAGACCGGCAGCUCCGGACUGGAUGACUUACUGGGUUAAUCUGUCUCUCUGUGUGUUCCUACUGUUCUUUCUUUUCUUUUCUUUUCUUUUUUUCUUCCUUUUCUCAAAUUAUAUUUCUUUUGUGCUGAGCAAUAUUUGCAAUAUUAUUGCGAUUUGACUGUUCUUCAUUCGCAUUUCAAGCAACGAAUCAUUGGUAGCAGACGAUGCCAGACCAUCCCUCCUCGAUCUCAUGUUUCAGGUUCUGUAUAUUCGGAUGGUCACGAUAGCUCUUUCAUUCUUUACAUGGAGUCGAGGCUCGGGAAAAUAUGAUCUUUUUGUUAUCAGGAUUCCGUCAGAACCAAGGUUAUCCCGGGAAAAAAAAAAAAAUCUUACACGAUGAAUGUUUCCAGGCCGUUAGAUGGCGUUCUAUCC